AUCUGAGAGGAAGAGUAUUUAAGUCCACAUAUGCACCCUCCAUCUGUGAUCUCAAUUAAUUCUGCUUGUCUUUGAGAGAGUCUCACCUUAUUAUCAACCAUGGCAGCAAUUGCGCGACCUACAUCCGAUCUCCUUAAGUCCUGCUUAAGCGAUAAGGUUGUGCUGGUGACUGGAGCAGCAUCUGGGAUCGGUAUAGCUGUGGCCAAGCAAUGGGCGGAACACGGAGCAAAAGUGAUCCUUACCGAUGUUGACAAGGGAAAACUCGAAGCUGCUACGCAAGGCAUUGGUAGUGGCAGCGCCUGCUAUGUGUGCAAUGUGGCAUCCUGGUCCGAGCAGGUGAAGCUGUUCGAUGAUAUCAAGCGAAACCAUGGAGUCCCGGAUAUAGUGGCCCUAAAUGCGGGAAUUGACCCGGAACUCGCUAAAAUGCAUGACCUCCCAGACGAAGAACGAAAAAGGGUGGGCAACACGGUCCUUCAUAACUAUUUAGCGGAUGAUUACUCCGAGCAGGACCAGCACAUGCUUAAGCAGCCGGCGGAUGACGUUUUUAAUGUUAACUUCAAGGGAGUUGUGUACGGCAUUAAGCUCGCGGUGCAUCAUAUGAAGAAAGCAAAGAAAGCCGGGCGUAUAAUUGUCGUUGGUUCGGCAGCGAGUUACCUUGAAUUCCCGGGUCAAGAUCUAUACGUCGCAUCAAAGCACGCCGUUUUGGGCCUCGUCAGGUCUACGAGUUCACGCAAGGAUGUCCGAGAGGCCGGGAUCAUCUUAUCGAUGGUAGGGCCUUGGUUGACUAAAACUGCGCUCGUAGAAAAGAUUCGACAGGAUCGGAAAGGAAUGAUGCCGGAAAGUUCCGCCGAGGAUGUCGCUUGGGCGGUAUCGUACCUAACGAUAGCGUCUCGCGAGAACGCGAAUGGGAGGUGUGUAUGGGUUCGGGGUUCGGGAAUUACAGAGGUUGAGGGGUCAUACAGGAAGUGGCUGGCGGGAUUGAUAAAACUUUGAGCGUUAGGUUCGCUGUCAAGUUUAACGUAGUCGCGGUGGAUAUAUCCAUCUCACUUAGGUGACGAACUCCAAUCAGCCCAUAUUUUGGCGACGACAUUGAAUCUUCGAAGGAUGCGAACGGGUUGCGGCCUUAUCUCAAGCAAACGAGGAAAAAUUAAGGAUAAGGAUAGAAAAUGAAUUACUUUAGAAGUAUCAAAAAAGCGUCCAAUAAGCAGAAAUGUUCGGAAGCGGUUUCCUUUGGCACGCGACGAGCACGGCACCAAGCGUAAACUCCAAGUUCCUUGAGUCUUGUUAGAACCGCUUUCGGUAGGCCGAGAUUUGAGUCUCGGACAGCAUCCAUUGUCUGCAUCGGCAAGAUGUCCGAAAAACUAACUUCCCUAUUGCUGCACUAUUUAGCCGAUUCGGAUACUGGAGAGAUUUCCUAUGAAGUAGCACAGGAAGUGAUCGGGUGUGAAAUAAAGCUCAGCGGCCAGUGUUCCCUUAGGGGUUACGAGCGUACUCGCUGCCGUACCGAGUUCUCAAACGGACGU